GCGGAUUUGACAGUUUUUGCGAGUCCUCUGCUUUCUCCGGCGAGUAUUUCUGCAGAUUAGGUUUAGCAAAUCGGAGAAUGCUGACGUGUAUUGCGUGCUCGAAGCAGCUCGACGCCGGAUCUCUUCCGGAACCCGACGAAGACGACGCCGUCACUACUCCCAGCACCAGGCAAGCCAUCAAAGCGCUCACGGCUCAGAUUAAGGACAUGGCGGUGAGAGCUUCGGGGGCGUAUAAGCAUUGCAGUAACCCUUGUUCGAAGGGGCCGAGCAACAGCCAGAGCCGCCGCCGGGACCACGUCGAAUCGGAGGCGGGAAUUGCUUCGGAGAGGGUUCGUUGCGCGUAUAGAAGGACAGGGAGUUCGAAUCCGACGCAGAGGAUAUGGGGGGAGGAAGCGGAGAGAGGCGGAGAAGGGACGCCGGCGGCAUCGGUAAGCGGGCGGUCUGAGUCGGCGGCGGCGGAGGAGGAGGAGGAGAGUAAGGAAUGGAUUGCUCAGGUUGAGCCUGGAGUGCUCAUAACCUUCGUCUCUUUGCCUCUUGGUGGGAAUGGGCUCAAGAGGAUCCAAUUCAGCCGGGAUAUGUUUAACAAACGGCAAGCACAAAGAUGGUGGGCAGAGAAUUAUGAUAAAGUCAUGGAAUUGUACAAUGUGCAGAGGUUCAAUCGCCCGGCCGCACCACUGCCAGCUUCUGAUGUUGAGAACUCAAAACUUGAAGGUGAGGAGGGGAGCCCAAUGACCUCUUCCAUAAGCAAGGAACACCCACGCCGGCAUCCAACAAGAAUGAGUCGAAACUCAUCAGAGUCGUUGGAACAUGAUUCACACCAUCCUACCCCAAAGCUCACUAGCAUCAUCAAAGCCGAAACGUCGUCUUCAAUUGAUGCUUCUGGAAGGAGCAGUUGUCGCUCGGUGAGCAAUGUUGGCAGUGAAGAUGUCAUGGAAACCGAAUGGGUUGAGGAAGACGAGCCUGGAGUCUACAUCACUAUCAGAGCUUUGCCAGGUGGCUCUCGGGAGCUUAAGCGUGUUCGGUUCAGCCGAGAAAUAUUCGGGGAAAUGCAUGCAAGAUUGUGGUGGGAAGAGAACAGAGCUAGGAUCCAACAGCAGUAUUUAUGAGAUGCAGAGUUUUUUUUUCUUCUUAUUCUUUCUUUUUCCCACAGAUAGAUUUAUUUAGAGUUCUUUCAUUUAUAAGCUCUCUGGCCAUUCUCUUGUUUUUAGGUAGAUUAUAAGGUUAAAAUUACUUGUUUUUUUGGGGGGUUGCUUGGCAUGUUGAAGUAGAAAAUGCUGUGAAGAUAUCUUUUCAGUUUUUCAUAUAUAGUCCAUAUAUAAGAGAACACAUUCUUUUACUUGAUCAGAGUUUUAAUCUUUCCCUAAUACCUGUUUACACAAUGAUGGUUCACAUUUUAUUUGAGAAUAUUGACUGCUUCAAUUACACUUUUUUUUGAAUGAAUUACACAUUUGUUG